AUGGAUACCGCAUCGGCUGCUCCAGCAUCAACAUCAACUACCGUGGACCAUGAUGAAGACGUCUACAGAGCGAGCGAGGAAGAGAACGCCUACACAGGCACGGACGAGCACACUUCCAUGAAUCCAUUCAUUGAUGACAUAGACCCCCGUGGCCAUCAAUUCGAAUCGGACGUGGAAGAAUUUGUUGACACUGACACGGAUGAGGAUGACUCCAUGAAAGAACUCGAGGAUGAAGUAAACCGCCUGAAUGAACUCGACGACGAAAUGAUUUACCGCAUUGAUCAACUCAUCGAAGAUAUAGACCUCAGGCAACGAUUCGAAGAAGAAAGAGACCGCAUGAGACAGUUCAGAUCGGAGGAAAUGGACCUCAUAGAUCAACAAAUAAUGAUGCGAGAUCAAUUUGAAUCGGACAUUGAAGACUUUUCCGACACUGACACGGAUGAGGACGAUUCCACGGGGCAAUUAGACGAAGAUAUGUCCCACCUUGCGGCCAAAAUAUGCAAGACAAAAGAUUUGCCGAUUUCCACUCCAUAUGUCACACUAAGCCAUUGUUGGGGUAAAGGUGUGAUUUUCAGGUUGCUACAAAACAACCUCCAGGAGCUCAGCCAAGCGAUACCGAUCAGACAGCUGCCAAAAGUGUUUCAAGACGCGAUCCAUGUCGCACAUGAGCUCGGUAUCAACUAUAUAUGGAUCGACUCCCUCUGCAUUAUCCAAGACUCAAAGGAGGAUUGGACGGACGAGGCGAAGAAAAUGGGAGACGUUUAUUUGAACGGGGAAUUCAACAUUGCAGCAACUGGCUACAAAGAUGGUCUUUCAGGGUUAUUCGGCGAGAGGAAGGCGUUUUCGUUCGUGCAUAUUCCAAUGCACUUGCAUUGUGAGCUGUUCGCCGAGAAGCUUGACUCGAAAGGUGUUUUCGAAGGUCUCUAUGUAUCAGCAAGCCAUGGAGAGUUCUCACGCGAAGUCGUCUACAGCCCACUGAACAGUCGGGGCUGGGUAGCCCAGGAGCGAGCUUUGUCGCCAGCCGUCAUCCAUUACACCCCGGGAAAGAUUUACUGGGAAUGCAACGAAAGCAUCGCCAGUGAAGCAUUCUUGGACGGCUCUCGUGUUUGGGAGCAGACGGAAGGCGCCGGACGAGACCGGAUACGCUCUCUGAGCACGCAAAGUGAGCGGGAAGACGUAUACUCAUUCUGGAGGACCUUCCUCAACCGCUACGCGGGAAUGGAUAUGACCGUCGAACUGGACCGCCUUCCAGCAGUUGCCGGAAUAGCGCGCAUUCUGGGUGAGCUCAUCAAAGACAACUUCGUUGCCGGGUUCUGGGAAGGGGAUCUGCUCCGGUCACUGCUCAUGGAACGCCACAUCUUGGUUCGCAAAGCUAUCAAGCGCGAGCAACUUGCACCCUCGUGGUCCUGGGCAUCUAUGAAUGCUGACACCAGCCUCUCUUCUAAAGAGGUGUCACAACUCGAGCCUUUGAAAGGUGUUAGCUUCAGAGUCUUGUCUGACAUUCCAGGAUUCAAAUCUGAUCUAGAAUCGCCAUCUUUCGAAAAGUCUGGCGUGCGCGGGCUCGCGAUCAAAGGAGUGCUAAGAAAGUUACCGGACGACUUUGACGCGCACAAGGAAUGGGUUGUGACGACGUACUUCACGUUUGACAAUAAGGAUCUAGCAAGGCUUGUGAGGGACAAGGUUCCUCGAGAGCAGGCAUGGCGUUUGGGUGAUCCCACGCACAUGCUGCUUCUAGCCAGACGGUAUGAUACCCUGGCCGAGUGUGUUUGUGUACAUGGCCUCCUCGUACAGGCUGCAGAGCCAAAGGAAUCGAACACGUUUCGUCGAUCCGGCACGCUCGAGUUGGCCUUUCACAUGGGCCAAGAGUGUGAUGAGUACCUGGGUCUACGGGAGAAGGACGGAGGGUACGAGCCGAGUUCGUAUUUCAGCGAAACAGGCCUCCAAGACCUGGUUCUCAUCUAA